GUUAAGAGCCCUAAGAGACUAGGGUUUUGUUUGUGUUGUGCUCGGUGAGGGCGGCGUGCUAGGCGCUUCGGAUCUCUGCGCCUUCGCAUCGAAUCGCUCGGAGACGAUGGCCAUGCCCGGUCAGGCAACCCCUGGAGAGGUUUCCUUCAAGCUCGUAAUCGUUGGCGAUGGCGGCACUGGGAAGACGACCUUUGUGAAACGCCACUUGACUGGUGAAUUCGAGAAGAAAUACGAACCUACGAUGGGUGUGGAAGUCCAUCCUCUCGAUUUCUUCACGAACUGCGGCAGGCUACGCUUCUACUGCUGGGACACGGCCGGCCAGGAGAAGUUUGGUGGUCUUCGCGAUGGCUACUACAUCCAUGGCCAGUGCGCGAUUAUCAUGUUCGAUGUCACUGCUCGCUUGACAUACAAGAACGUUCCAACUUGGCACCGGGAUCUUUGCAGGGUGUGUGAGAACAUCCCGAUUGUUCUCUGCGGAAACAAGGUCGACGUUAAGAACAGGCAGGUCAAGGCCAAGCAGGUCACCUUCCACAGAAAGAAGAACCUCCAGUACUACGAGAUCUCUGCCAAGAGCAACUACAACUUCGAAAAGCCCUUCCUUUAUCUCGCCAGGAAGCUUGCUGGGGACGCGAAUCUCCACUUUGUCGAGACUCCUGCGUUGGCACCACCGGAAGUUCACAUCGAUCUUGCUGCCCAGCAACUGAACGAGCAGGAGAUGAAUAACGCUGCUGCUCAGCCACUCCCAGACGACGAGGACGACGCUUUUGAUUAAAGAUUUGCGAUGGUUUGGCGAUAGGAAAGAGGAAGAGAGAUUUGAGCUAUUUGAUUGCUUGGAAGAAAUUUCAUCUUUUCUCGUCCCAGAAGGAAGAAAUUUCAUCGUCGUUUUAGAGAGAAAAGGGGGAGGUGUAUGUGUCGUUAUGUAACGCAGAAAAAGUGAAAAAAGAGUCGAGAAAAGGUAAAAAA